AUCCAACAUCGAAGGGAAAAUCCACAUAUUCGACGCACAAGAAAUGGAUUGCGUCCGGAAAGAACAAAGGAGGAGGAACUGUGUUGCGGUGAUUUUGCUCAUUUUCUCACAUUUUACAUUUCUAGCCAGCAUCAAUUUCCUAAACACUCCAUCCUCGAGACCUCCCCUUUGCAUCAUUUAACAAGCAAGGAAGCAAUCACCUCCUCUCUCUCUCUCUCUUCCCUCUCUCUCCUCUCUUCUCUCUCUUCCCCAGUUCCUCCCUCCCUUCCCUUCUCCGUUCACACUGCUCGCACAACGACUGCCCCCAUUGCUGCCCCAAUCCCAAGCUCCAAAUCUCAAGAGCUUCACCCCAAGCUCCAAAUCCAUGCCUCCGCUACCCUCACUCUGCUGUCACUCUCCUGCAAUGCUAUAAAAUCCACUGCAUCUUCACUCCAACCCCUCCAAUCCGCCAAGAAAACAUGGCCGGGGAACCCAAAUCCACCGGCAUUGUCCUCUCCCUCCUCCUGCUCGCUGCCACUGCCUCGGCCCUCCCCCUCAACUCUUCGCUCCCUGACCCCGCCGCCGUCGUCGCCGACUUUCACGGCAAGGUGGCGACGUCGCGGCGGCGGAUGCAGGAAGCCGGGGGCAGCGGCGGCGGAUGCAUGACGGGCAACCCGAUUGACGACUGCUGGCGGUGCGCGGGGACGGACUGGCGGCAGGACCGGCAGCGGCUGGCGGACUGCGGCAUUGGGUUCGGCCGCAACGCGCUGGGUGGCAAGGGCGGUCCGUUGUACGUGGUGACCGACUCCUCCGACCGCGACCCCGUGAACCCGGUCCCCGGCACGCUCCGCCAUGCCGCCAUCCAGGAGGGCCCGCUCUGGAUCGUCUUCGCGGCCGACAUGACCAUCCGCCUCAACGAGGAGCUCCUGGUCAACAGCUACAAGACCAUCGACGGGCGCGGCGCGAAAGUGCACAUCGGCGCCGGCGGCGCGUGCAUCACGCUGCAGUACGUCUCCAACAUCAUCAUCCACAACGUGCACGUCCACGACUGCGUCUCUACCGGGAACGCCAACGUCCGGUCCUCGCCGACGCACUACGGGUGGCGGACGCGGUCGGACGGCGACGGCAUCUCGCUGUUCGGCGCGCGGGACGUGUGGGUGGACCACUGCGCGCUGUGGCGGUGCGCGGACGGGCUCGUGGACGCCAUCAUGGGCUCCACGGCCGUGACCGUCUCCAACAGCUACUUCGCGCACCACAACGAGGUGAUGCUGCUGGGCCACAACGACGAGUACCUGCCGGACUCGGGGAUGCAGGUGACCAUCGCGUUCAACCGGUUCGGCCCGGGGCUGGUGCAGCGGAUGCCGAGGUGCCGGAGGGGCUACUUCCACAUCGUGAACAACGACUACACGUCGUGGGAGAUGUACGCCAUCGGCGGCAGCGCCAGCCCGACCAUCAACAGCCAGGGGAACCGGUACAUCGCCCCCGCAGACCCCAACGCCAAGGAGGUGACGAAGCGGGUGGACACGGCGGAAGGGAUGUGGACGGGGUGGAACUGGCGGACGGAGGGGGACAUGAUGGUGAACGGCGCCUACUUCGUGCCCUCCGGCGAGGGGCUGGAGGACAUCUACGGGAAGGCCUCCAGCACCGACCCCAAGUCGUCCGCGCUCGUCGACACGCUCACCCAGAACGCCGGCGUCCUCGGCGACCCCAGGGACGACGGCCAAGAGACCGGGUACACCGGGGUGAACUACGCCGGAGUGGGAACCAGUGGCGGCGGCGGCGGCGGCAACAAUGGAUACGGCUAUCUGGGGAUGGUUUACGCCAACGGCGGCGGUCGGAGCUGCCGGUCUCACUCGAUGCUAUCGUUGGCAUCCUUGGUUAUUACCUCCGUUGCUCUCGGAUGCUUGCAUUUGUAGUUACAUAUACUCGGUUGAGAUGCUUCAUUAUGAUUCAAUUGGAAAGGUGGUAUGAGAAGGGGGGAGGGAAAGGUAGCAGUAGUAGCAAGGUAGGCAACAGUGAUGCCCACAACCAUGUGUGAAGCUGCGCAUGGAUGGGGAAUAUUGCAAGCAAGGUAGUCACUGUAGUUCUUACAAAUGGGAAUGGAUAAUUCAUUCUAUGUUUA